UAUCCUCCCUCACUUUUUCCUAGAAAUCUGACUCCUGCACCUCCUAGUUCCUCUCAUGACCCACUUUUGCUGGAACCCGGAUUUUGGCCUGCCUGGACGCAGACGAUGGCUCAGCUGCAUGCUGGGAAGGCAACCACCCGUUACCAAGUAACCGGCGAGUGUGCCAAUCGAUUCGCGCCAACGUCUUCUGCGACCAUGCGGCGGGGAAGGAGGAGGAGGAGGGAGGAGGAGGCGAGAGAAGGAGGAGAGAGGAGGAGGAAGCGAGAGGCAGACGACACACGCGCUGGCACCAGCCGCAGACAGUUGCUCAGUGGCUGCCAGGCUCCACACAUCAGUUCUCGUCAGGAAGGUGGUGCGACUAAAGACAGCUGUGCUUUGGAGGACGGUAGGGGGCAGCAGCGGUCGGAGUUUGGAUUUCUUCAUCCAGCCCCUCCACCAUCGUGUGUGACUACUAUGACAGCCGAAGCCACCAUGUCGCGCUACAACAACUGGAUGGCGCGGCCACGCGGGUACCGCUACGGCUCGUGGCUGACGUUCUACGGGUGCGGGGCGCACGUGGUUGGCUUCUCCACCGCCAACUGGCUGACCAGCAGCCGCUCCGACUGUCUGGGUCUGUGGUCCUACUGCAACCGCUCGUCCUGCUGGCAGAUCAGCACCCAGGACUCACCAGACUGGAUUGAGUCUACCCGCGUACUCGACUGCAUCGGGGUGGGGCUGACGGCGCUGUGGGUGCUCAUCGGUUGUCCGUGUGACUGUCUGAAGUCCCAGCAGCAACGGUACCGGCGGCUCACCCGCUUAGAAGAAAUUGUGGCCAUUCUCUCAGGAUGUUUCGGGCUGCUGGCUGCAGGCAUGCUGACGAUUUGGUUUCAAGAAGGACAGGCGUUGGGACGACUUCAGCCUCAGCUGGUCCUUCUGGCUCGUGCUGGGCGGAGCAUGUGGAUGCUUGCUGGGCGGAGUCGUGGUGGCUGUCACGCGCUCGUCGUCCAGCACCGCCCCCAAGCCGGUGACGAGGUGCAGCAGACUUCGGGUGCCGUUCGCAGCGGAUGGGACCAUCUCCCCCAGUGAUGUAACUUCCGGAACUAGCGCCUUUCCCUGCAUCUUGGACAGACAGAGGCGGGACUGCUUGGUGAAGGCGGCUACUCCCCUCGCAUAUUCAGUGUUUUUUCGACCACCUUCGGGGAGCGUGACCCUCACGGGGCGGAGCUAUGGCGGGAAAGAGGCGGGGCUAAUUGUUGGAGGGACCCAUUCCCUCCGCCUCCGCCGUAUUCCGCCAGUGAGCAGGCUGUUGGCGUUCUUGACGAUGCCGGGGAGGUAGGUCGCCAUGAGACGAUGCCCUCCCCUCCUCCACCCUACGAAUCAUGUGUCGGUGGUCAUUCUGCGCCCCUUCCCCCUCCCCCGCCAUACUACUACAACCCCUACCCACCCCACUUAUGUUCCUCCUGCUCAGAAUGGCGACGUCCGACAAAGCUUUCCGGAUAUGACCUGAAGAUGACCAGGAACCACUCGCUGAGACCUUUAUACGUCGUGAAGGAAGGAAACAGGAAAACGCGAGGCUGUCGUAACAGGAAACCUGGAAGUGAAGCGAAUGAAAAUAACAACAACAACAAACCACGAUGAUGACGUUGGCAGUGAAAGGAAGUGGUGAUGGUGGUGAUGUUGAUGGUUGAGGUGGUGAUGGUGGUAGAAAUAAUCUGAUGGGAUGAACGAUGUUAUAUUCCGGUGGGUGCCUACAUGUGUGGUAUGUGUGUGAGAGAGAGAGAGAGUACAGUGAGUUUGUGGAGGGGUGAGAGGGUAGAGUGUGUGUGUGUCGCAUGUGUCUCCUGUGCUGCUGUGAGUGGUGUACGUGGAGUUGUUUGUCCGACACGUGUGUGACGAAUAAAGUUGGCGAAGAUUCAGGGCAAGAUUCUGUUUUU